AUGGCGGUGGAAACGAGAUGUGUGAGGUCUCAUAAAGAGAUUUUGAAGGAUUUUCUUAAAACUGAUUUGGGAGAGACAGUAUUCAACUACAACACGUACGGUCCAAGGUACAAGCACUUUCUCAAAGAAUCUAAGACAUCAAGAAAUGGUGGUGCAUAUGGUGGUUGGUGGCCUGACACAAUGCAGGUUAUAGAACCCUCCUCUGGUCCACUGUGGCCCAACAUUCAAAAAUAUUCCCGCCCAUUAACCAUUGCUUAUUUCUCCAUCUACCUCACACUGAAAUCAAUGAGAGAUUGUUGGAGUAAGAAGAAAGUCAGAUUAAUUAAUGGCAUACAAGACUUUUCAGUGAAUGAAAUUAUAUUUCAAGACACUUCUGUUAACUUUCUUAAACCACCACAAUUAUAA